GUGCCUUUACCUGCGUGCUCGAGACGUCGCACCUGAAUGCGGAAGUCCUCGUGGGCUAGCGAAGUAGGCGACCAGUUGAGCGAAUGGAGGUCGUAAACUUUUCUCCCUGAAGAAUAUCAAUUUUUAGUUACAUUUGGGAGAAAAUGUUUAAAUGAAACUGGGCUACCACAUUUCUAAUCUGAACGGACGGAACCGAAGAUUUGUCAUUCUCAGAAGAUGUUUUUCAGAGAUCGAGAGGAGAUGGAGCUGAGGGCGAGAUCUAAGGAGCAGGAUGAAGUCUGCAUCGAGCCCCUCAUUUCAGCACUGGCCAGCAUGUCCUCUACUGUGUCGUAUGACUACGUGCUGGUGGCCCACAGGCCGGGGGACAAGGAGGACGAGGUGCACAGGAAGCAGGCGGCCUUUGUGGAGGCGCUGAAGAGGAAGAACAUGAAGGUCGCGGAGAUCGAGGUGGAUGAUAAGGUGUUCUUCGGCGUGCUGGCCCCCAGUGAGGUGUUUGAGAAGUACAAGUACCUGCUGAAGGUCUCGGACGCUUGCAAUUGGAGCGGAGAGCAGAAAGAUGGCGUCCCUAAGUCCACCAGGUCAGAUCGCAAACCAGCAGCAUCGCUACAACCACACACUGUCCCUAAGUCCACCAGGAUCAGGAUAGUCUACUUUGUGUUACUCCACACUUACCUCAGGAAUGGAGAGGACCUGAAGGAGUUGAUGAGGAAGGGAGUGUUUGAGUCCAUGUUUUGCCUGCAUGAGAGGAAACAGCAGAAGGUCUUGAGGCGGAAAUGGGCCCGUUGGUCAGCUCUCUUCACGGCCCAGCCCUUUCAUGACAUCAGGGUGUACUUUGGGGAGAAGGUGGCGCUGUAUUACCUGUGGUUGGGCUGGUACACUUUUCUCCUGGUGCCAGCAGCUGUAGUCGGGGUCAUCAUCUUCCUGUACGGCAUGGCAUUCUUCAAAACCAGCCCUCUCAUUCGAGAGGUGUGUGAUUCAAACAUCACCAUGUGCCCUCGAUGUGAUAAAAGAUGUGAUGUAUGGAAGCUCUCAGACACCUGCUCCUAUGCAAAGGUCAGCCAUCUGUUUGACAACGAGGGAACCGUAGCCUUUGCCAUGUUUAUGGCUAUCUGGGCCACUCUGUUCCUAGAGCUGUGGAAAAGACACAGAGCCGCCUACGUCUCCAAGUGGAAGGUGUUCGACUGGUGUGAAGAGGAGGAGGAACUCAUCAUGGAGAUUGUGAACGACCCCGAGAGCAAACCCAAGGAGUUCCGCCACUCGUACCUGCGCAGCGCCCUGGUUCUGGCACUGUCCACGCUCGUGCUGAUCGUGAUCAUCGGGCUGACCCAUGGGCUGGUGCUGUUCCGCGUGGUGAUGCGGCAGGUGCUGGCGGAUCAGGAGGACUGGGAGUUCCUGAAGCAGCACUACAACACCGCCGUCGUCAUGAUGGCCGCCACCCUCCACUACAUCACCAUCCAGGUCAUGACCCGGGUCAACCGGGAGGUGGCCUUCAAGCUGUGUGAGAUCGAGAAAUGCCGCUCAUUUGCGGCCACUGAGAGGAGCUUCACCGUCAAAAUGUUCACCUUCCAGUUCUUCACCGCCUUCUCCUCCCUCAUAUACAUCGCAUUCUUCCUGGGCAGGAUUAAUGGGCAUCCAGGGAACUAUGUGAGACUAGCGGGAAAAUGGAGACUAGAAGAAUGCCACCCCAGCGGUUGCUUGACUGACCUCUUCAUCCAGAUGGCCGUCAUCCUGUUGCUCAAACAGACCCUCAACAACAUCUUUGAGUUCACCAUUCCCUGGUUCCAGCGCUGCUUCAGAAAGGCCACAGCUAAGAAGCUGCAGCGUCGCUGCGGCAACUGCUACAGGAAGGCGUGUCGCCAGGAGGACGGCAAGGUGGAGCCAUGUGACACGUGCAAGCUACGUGAUUGGAUGAAGAACUACCAUUUGCAUGAUGUCAAUUCCUUCAGCCUCUUCAAUGAGUACCUGGAAAUGGUCAUGCAGUUCAGCUUCACCACCAUCUUCGUGGCGGCGUUCCCACUGGCCCCUCUGCUGGCCCUCCUGAACAACCUGUUUGAGAUCCGCCUCGACGCCAUCAAGAUGGUCAGCCUAGAGCGCCGCCUAGUGCCCAAGAAGACCAAUGACAUCGGCGUAUGGACUAAAGUGCUGGAGGCCAUAGGUGUGCUGGCGGUGAUCGCUAACGGUCUGGUGAUCGGCGUCUCGUCUGACUUCAUCCCGCGGCUGGUGUAUCGCUAUAACUACGGCCCCUGUGCCAACGGCACCGUCACCGACGUCGAUUGUAUGACAGGCUACAUUAAGGAUACUCUGUCCACGGCGUACAUGUCAGAUGAGCGGGUGCAGAAGGACUUCGGGUUUAAGCAGAUGCAUAACGCCACUGAGUGCAGUUAUAAAGGCUACCGCAGGAAUGAGGACUACAGUCUCACCUCCCAGUACUGGUACAUUCUGGCCAUCCGCUUCGCCUUCGUCAUUCUGUUUGAGCAUGUGGUGGUCCUGUGUAAGUUCAUCGCUGCCUGGUUCAUCCCCAACAGCCCCAUGAGGGUGAAGAACCGCAGACUAGAGGACAAAUUCAAGAGACUGAAAGAGGAGCUCAGAAACUUUAAAGAAAAACGCAAAGACAACUGUAAUUCCACUACUGAAAGGUUUAUGAGCUACAAGUACGACACCCAGGUAUGACCACACGGACAUCCUUCAGAGGCCACAACCCCACACUGGACCUCAGUCAAUCAGACGAGAGAAGCUGACAAAUAAUCACUCCCACACCUGAUGCAAUUUGCACAGAGAAAGACGGCUCUCUGCUGAAGGUGGACCAUAAGGACCUUAAGGACUCUCAAAUCAGAGAGUACCAUCACAACUUCGGCAGAAAUGUUAUUACCAUACUGGCGUCACUGUUCCCAGAUGAGAACCCCGUCAUCACUAUUCCCAGAUGGGAACACCGUCGUCACUAUUCCCAAAUGGGAACACUGUCAUCACUAUUCCCUGAUGGGAACAUGUAGAAGCAAUAGAAGUGUGAUUGCAACAGGACCACACCAACAUGCCGAUGUUACACACACUUGUAAGAAUGUGUGUGUGUGUGUGUGUGUGUGUGUGUGUGUGUGUGUGUGUGUGUGUGUGUGUGUGUGUGUGUGUGUGUGUGUGUGUGUGUGUGUGUGUGUGUGUGUGUGGGUGGGUGUGUGUGUGUGUGUGUGUGGGUGGGUGGGUGUGUGCCAUACCAAUGCAGUGCUGGUAUGUUAGAGGUUUUCAUCGCUCAGGAUUAGGUUAGAAGAACAUGUUUGUUGCCUAGAUUUUGUAUGUCCAGGAUUAGAUAUUGGUUGCUGUGUUUUUGCUCAGUGUGUUAGACCAAUCACAGUUGAUGAACCUUGAAGACUAUGCUUAGCACAAUUGGCAGUUGUGCAAACUGUGAAACAGUUUUUAAAUCAACGUGUGUAUGUGUGUGUGUGAGAGAGAGAUAGAGAGAGAGAGGUUUUUAUUUUUUUACAUAUGUGAGUAUCUUCAUGUAAUCCAAAGAAUGGGUCCAUAUCAUUUAUUUCUCACAUUGUGUUUGCUGAGGAUCUAGACAUUCUCAGCGUGUCUGUGGCCUUUUCAGUAACUUAUCAUGUAGGUUGUUUGUUUAAGAGGCACCUGCGACAAACUCUUAUGUGCAGCGAUUUUAAUCAAGGUAUAAUGUUAUGUACCAAGUACCAGGGUGUUAUUUAAUCAAUGUUGAAAUGACCAAACAUGCACUAAUACAAUUUCAACUUUAUUCAACAUCUUCUGAAUAUUUUACACUUGAGUGUUUACAUGUUGAUGCUGUUUUUAAACCGCAAACCUGUUUUUAUCUUUAUUCUGAAAUCACGUUCCCAUAGUGCUGAGUUAAAGGGUUUGUUUAUACGUUAUCAACCUGUGUCUUAGAUGAGGGUGAAAGGGCACUAAGCACAAAGCCAUGGAAACAUUACAGUGAUUAUAGUCUACGACUUUAAAUGUGCAACAUUCAUGCAGUUGACCAGUCCAUACACACGUGACGUUGGUUUCUUGCCCUUUGCAGUUUAAAUUUGCUAAUAAAUAAUAUUUUUUAUUGAA